AUGACUUGGGAUGGGAUUGUAACGAGCUUCCACAAACGCUAUGCAAAGGAGAUCAGUAUAUCAGACCACGUAGAAGACGUUCGAAAGCAUCUCCUUCGAGAAUCGAUAUGGAUUCCACGAGGACGAAGCGAGAGCGAUGAGCACAACAAAUCUGGGCGUAGGACAAAUCCUACCAGAGUGCCGGAAUGCGAUCCACCGCCAGAACCAAUAAAGCAAGAUUAA